UUUGGUUAUUUCCAGCAAAAUACCCCAAGAACCGUAUGACACUAUGAUCUUUUGUCGUAAGAUCUCUGCUGGUAACUAAACCACAGAUUCUAAACUACUAAAGGUUGGUAAUAUUAUAGAAAUUCUCGUGCGCCUACAUUCUCGCAAGCGGCAAGCCUAUUUUCUCCCAUGCGCAAUGAGCAUUAAUAGAUCUCAGGAAGUUCCACCAGCUGUUUUAUUAUUAAUGUGAGGAAAUUCGUAACCAUUGUAGAUAUAUAAAACUUUUUCCAUCACAAUGGAAAAUUCAAAUUUGUCAUUCAAAGGAGGGAAUCCCGGAGCUGUGCAGUAUGGUAACUUUAUAAACUAUUACCAAUUUCAUCCCCCUGAAAAUCGUUUAAAACUGUUACCAACCGACCUAUGGCCAGAAAACAAACCGUUCCAUGCUUUAGAUUUGGGGAGCAAUGCUGGGGACCUCACCAUUGAACUCUAUAAUUUUCUUAAGUGGAAGGUACAAAAUUGCCAGAUUCUGGGUGUCGAUAUUGACCCAACUUUAGUAGAAAGAGCUAAUGAAAAAAAUCAAAACAAGGAGAAUAUACAGUUUCAUUGUUUAGACUUUAUGAAUGAUAAAGGUCCAAUUAAAGAUUUUUUAAAAAAACGAAAAUUAGAAAAAUUUGAUGCUGUUUUUUGUUUUUCUAUAACAAUGUGGAUACACUUAAAUUAUGGCGACGACGGUUUAAAACGUUUUUUAAAUGAAAUUUGUAGUUUAGGAGACUUUGUGAUAAUUGAACCUCAACCGUGGAAAUGUUAUAAAAGUGCUGUUAAACGCUUCAAACUUUGUAAUGCAGUUUUCCCUCUCUUUAAAAAAUUACAAAUAACUCAGGAAGUGGAAAAUGAAAUUGAACAACACGUCCUCACGAAUUGUAAAGCUAUAAAAUUGUAUGAGAGUGAACGUAGUGAGUGGGGUAGGAAGUUACUAAUUUUCAAAUGUCCUCUAAUUACUUAAUCGAAUUAAAUAGUAUUUAAAAAAAUACAUACAAGUUUUUUUCUCAAUAUCAACAAAACAAAAAUAAAGUGUUUAUAUCUAUGAAAUUAAUUGUGCUGAAGUACUUUAUAGGUUUUUACUUUUUAAUAUAGUAGCACGCAAUAGUGAGCAAACAUUGUUUAUUUA